ACCAAAUUAAAAACUAUGAGAAGCAAAGUACACAAAGCAGCGACUCAUAAAAAGCUUUGGAGGAUCUGAUUCUGAAGCAACAGCCUCCAAAAAUAAAGAUCAGAGAUUCAGAAAAGUUGUUUGCUUUUUUCAAGGGUUGGAAUGGCAAGGAAACUAGUUAAGCCUUCGCUAAAUAAGCAUUCUUUCUUCAAGAUCCUACUUGGUGACUUCUCUCAGCGUCUGCGUAUACCACCUAAGUUUGCCAAGAACUUCAAUGUACGGCCACUUCACAAAUGUGCUCUUAGUGGCCCUACUGGAAUUCGGUGGGCUGUGGAAUUGGAAGAGAGAGAGAAUGGCUUGUUCUUCCAAGAUGGUUGGCAAGGGUUUGUGAAGGAUCAUCAUUUAGAAGAUGGGGAUUUUUUGGUUUUCAAAUAUGAUGGUGAAUCAAAGUUUAAAGUCACAAUCUAUGAUAGAACUGCUUGUGAGAAGAAUGUAAAGGUAGCUGAGAGGAGUGGCUGUCCUGUUUCCUUGGCUAACAAAGGGAAAGCUCAAGUUAAAGAAGAAAUUGUUGACCAUGAAACUAGAAACUACAACGAAAACUGUCAAAACAAAGCAAUUGUUUCUGGCAGAAGAAGUGGCAAUUAUGUUAUUCCUGGGAAGAGACCUGCAAAUGAUCAUGUAGGAGCAACAUCAACUGAACCCGUCUUGUUUAAACCGAAGUAUUCAUGUUUCAUAAUAACUUUCACGAGGAAACUUCGAUAUGGCGUUCCAAUUCCCAAGGAAGUAGCCGUAACUGAAGGUCUUCUUAGCAAGAAGAGUAUGAUGAUUCAUGAUCCAACUGGGAGAUCAUGGCCUGUUAAACUUAGAGUCCGGGGCAAAGUAUCUUCUUGUCGUGUGAACAUGUCUACAGGUUUGGUAGACUGUUGUAACGCGAACCAGAUUAUACCCGGGGACACCGCCAUUUUUGAAUUUGUCAAGCCAAGUCUGGCACAAAUUCAUAUUUUCAGAGUGGGUGGCAAUUCUGUGGUACUAGCUGCACCUGAUGUUAAAGACUAAAGCUAGCCGACUCCAAAGCCUCAACUUGUAAUACUUUCUGGGAAUGUUUUGACUGCAAUAUCCACAUAUCUAUUUUAGUGCGUGUGAAAUAUUUUCUGAUUGUUGUGCUUUAGAUUUCUCUCUUGUAAAUAUGAUGCAGAUGCACUUGGAUUGAGACAGUUGAGUUUAUAUAACUCGGUGGUUGUGUACAUGUAAAGUAGAGUAUUUUGUCUUUCGGUAACCAUGUUCCAUGUCCUUGUUCAGAGUUUUCUUCUUCUUCUAUAGUUAGAUUGGUAACCACGUUUCAUAAUCCAAAAAUGGAAAAAUCAAAACCAUCCUUGUGUUAUUUGGUUCUAAACAGAGCCCAUAUCAUGUCACUCCAUCCAGCCAGAUCCUGCUAAUUUACCACCAUUGGCUCAUCUUUGUUCGUCUCAUUUAACACAUACAUUAAAAUUAUGGUUUUAUUUAAAGGGUUUUGAAAUACAAGAAAGUAACAGUUUGACCUAUCUGGCAAUUCUCAUAGUGCAAGGGGUAAAAGUUUGGGAAGGAAAGUGAUCUGGAGGGUCCAUUUCCUUCUGGUGAAAAGUGAUUGAAGGCAUUUAUUUAUGUUUCCCAAUUUACUAAGAAAAUUUAUGUUUCCAACCACCUUGGUUAUACGUUAUAAGUCCAUUCGACACACAUGGCAGAAGCAAGCAAACAGGUAAAAGUCAGAAGAACAGCAAAACAAGACCAAAGUCUUGAAGUAUCUCAACUUAUGGCAGCAGAAGAGUGGAAAUAAGACCUAGUAGGUACUCUUGACAAAGAUUCAAAUGGCUAGGCCUAGGAAGCGUUCACCAAAGAAACCAUCAUUUUUCAAGAUCCUAAUUGGUGACUUCUCUCAGCGUCUGCGUAUACCACCUAAGUUUAUUGAGAACUUCAAUCGGCAAUCACUUCGCAAAUGUGCUCUUAGAGGCCCUAGUAGACAAUGGUGGGAUGUGAAAUUGGAAGAGAGAGAGAAUAGCUUGUUCUUCCGUGAUGGUUGGCAGGGUUUUGUGAAAGAUCAUGUUUUAGAAGUUGGGGAUCUUUUGGUUUUCAGUUACAAUGGCAAAUCAAAGUUUAUGGUCAAAAUCUAUGAUAGAAGUGCAUGCGAGAAGAACGUAGAAGUAGCCGAGAGAAGAAGUGGUAGUCCAGUUUCUUUGGUGAACAAAGGAAAUCAAGCUCAAGUGAAGAAUGAAAUUGUUGAGCUUGACACUGAAGACUGCGAAAACAAAACGAUCGAUUCCGACGGAAGAAGUUGCAAAUAUCCCAUUUCUGAAAAGAGGCCUGUGAGUUUUUGUGUACAAGAAACAUCAACUGGAUCCAUCUUGUUCAAAUCGGAGAAUCCAUGUUUCCUAGUUUGUUCAAGGAAGCAGCAUUUGCUAUAUCGUGUGACGAUUCCGAAUAAACUAGCCGUAGCUGAAGGCCUUAGGGGGAGAGAUGCUGUCAUGCUUCAAGAUCCAACUGGGAGAUCAUGGCUUGUUGAACUUAGAGUGGAAUGCUUUAAUCGUUUGGACAUGGCAAUAGGUUGGACAGAAUGUCGUAAAGCGAACCAAAUUUCACCUGGGGACUCCAUCAUUUUUGAGUUUGUCGAGCAAGGUGUAAUGCAAUUUCAUAUUUUCAGAGGAGCAGUGAGAGGCAAUAGGUUAUCUGUGAUAACUGCUGCCCCUAAUGUUAAAAAUUAAAGCUUGUUGAUGUUUUUUCAAAUGUUGAGACUGCAGAAUUUGGGUAAAGGAUGAUCUUAUUUGAUUCCCCAA